GUUAGGGAGGCAGAGGAGGAAACUGGAAGCUCGAUCGAGGGAAGUGGUGUCUGUGCUAUAAGAAAAAGGAGAAAGAAAGAGGGGUUGAUUUGAUAAUCAUCAAAAUUGAAAGACACGUAAGACGGGUAUGGGCUUUCACGCGAAACUGUUUAAGUUUUGGAAUCAGAAAGCCCAAGAACACGGCUGUGAUAGUGGACUCACAGAAAGGAAGCGAUGGAAAAUCGCUUCUCAUGGAGAAUCUAAUGGGGCUUCUAAGGAUUCGUGUCAAGCGGGGCAUCAAUCUCGCCGUUCGUGAUGUUCGCACUAGCGAUCCUUAUGUUGUUAUCAAGAUGGACAAUCAGAAACUAAAGACUCGUAGGAUAAACAAUGAUGUUAAUCCGGAAUGGAAUGAAGAUCUAACUUUGUCCAUUGCAGAUCCGAAUGUUCCCAUCAAGCUGACUGUGUAUGACCACGACACGUUUAGCAAAGAUGACAAAAUGGGAGAUGCAGAGUUCAACAUAAUAUCAUUUGUAGAAGCCUUGAAGAUGGAUUUGAGCAGCCGCCCAUCUGGCACCAUAAUCUCAAGAGUUACACCAAGCAAAGACAAUGAUCUUGCUGAGGAGAGCUGCAUUCGGUGGAAUGAUGGCAAAGUUGUCCAAGACCUGUGUCUCAAACUGAGAAAUGUGGAAUGUGGUCAAGUUGAGAUUCAACUACAAUGGAUCGUCCUUCCCGGUUCCAAGGGUUUGUAAAAAGUGUAUGACUCCUUAUCUUGUAUGCUUAGUUAAUGUCUGUCUUUCAGGUCUACUUUCAGGGCUUUCACUGCUGUCUAGUGCAGUCUUUUCUUGCUGUUUGUUAGUUUGGGUUAUUGGUUGGUUACUGUUAUCUUUUACAAUCUUUGCCUAUUGUAAUUAGGUUUGUACUUAAAUGAUAGGACUGCAUAUUUUGGUUAA